AUGGGGAACCCCAAGCCAGGAACAGCCGCCCACUCGAAGAAGAAGGCGCCGCCUACAAUGCCAGCAAACGCGCGGAGAAGAAGGCCGCCGCCCCCGAGGCGGUGGUCGAGCCUUACACGAGGCGUGCGCCAUGUGCGCGCGGCGUGCCAGGAGGAGCUGAAGGAGACCCAGAAGCAGCUGAAGGAGGAGAGGCGCGCCCGCGGGAGAGCGGAGAAGGAGCGCGACGACGCCAAGCGCAGGCUCUGCUCCUUCCAGACUUGGUGGAGCGUUUUCCUCAAGCUGUGCUUGCAGGACUGCGCUGGGGGAAGGGAGGGCGCGGGCAGGCAGGGUAGGAGGCGGCCUCAGGAGCUGCCGAAGACCUGGGCCACGGAGGUCAAGCACUGGUCUGAGAGCGGAGUGAGGCACUUGCGCUGGCUGCGGUGGUGCACCGAGAACGGGGACGAGGUCGGCGUUGACGCCCACGCAACUGUGGAGCGCUGGAUUCAGACGCUUGAAGAGGGCGUCGAGGAGCACGUGGCCAGGAAGAUGGACUCUGUGAGCAUUUUCGCAGACCUGCUCGGCGGCGGCCCGCGCAAGCACCCCGCUGCUGCGAAAGCUGCGCCGAAGCGUCGGGCCAAGCGCUCGGCGAAGAGUCGCCCAGCCCAGGCGGGCGUCAAGGAGCGGCCUGUCAUGAAGCGCCCCGCGCGGUCCAGGCCCCCUGCUGCCCGAACCAGGAAGGCCAUCCUGCAGGUGGACGAGUCCUUCCUGAGCAAGGGCAAGCUGUCCAAGCUGGCGAAGAACGCAAGGGGCAAGCAGGAGUUGUCGGAGAACUUCAAGGAGCUGUCGCCUCCCGCUGGCGUCGCCAUCGUCUCGGACAAGUGGAGGGGGACCAUCGCGGCUGUGAAGCAGUACCGCAAUGACGCUGGCCUCACCGAGCGGACGCUCCCGCACGAGGUAGUGAACCACAGCGCUGGCGAGAUCACGAACGAAAGAGGGUUCACUACCAACCACGUAGAGCUCCAAUGGUCAUUGGCCAAGCGGUGGAUCAGGAAGCGCCACGGCGGGACGUUGCCCAAGAAGGCCGACAGGAAGAAGUGGUCGAGGCUCCUUGCCGAGCACAGGUUCCGCACCCACAUCAAGGCCAGUGGGCAGAAGGUGAAUUUCGCGGCGCUGGCAGCUACGUUCCAGGCGUGGUCCACCAUCGGGGGACUCCCCGUCGCCAGGCUGGAGAUUGGCACCACCGCAGACGCCGCCACCAGAAGCAAGCGGGGCCGCCCCUUCGCCCGGUCCAAGGGCAUCGAUUGCGACGCCGUCGAAGGGCUCCCGGGAGUGAGCGGUGACGUCCACGAGCAGCCCGUGACGCCGAGGCUCCAGAGCGCGAAAGGCUGCGCAGUCAGCUCCGAGCUCCAGGGUCGCACCGAGGCCCCCGGGAGCGGCGCUGGCGCGAAGGAGCUCUGCACACCAGGCGGCCCCGUUUCGGCCGCGGCGGGUGAGAAGGAGAAGCCUUCCCUCGCCCUGGCCGGCACCCCGCUACCGGCGCGCGCCAAACUGGCCCACUGGGCUGGCAGCGAGCACGAGCGAGGGGCCACCGUGCGACCUGGCACGGACGACAGGUCGCUGGGGCUGGACGAGCUGCCCCGGAGCGAGCGCAGGCCCAUCGACGCCUCGCGCAGGUGGGAGCUCUUCGACGGCCUCCGCGCGCACGAGGUGGAGGACUUCGAGGGGGAGCGGUUCUCCGUCAUCCUCUUCUCGGCGAGCUCCCACGCCUCCGCGAAGGAGAGGCUCGCGAGGGCCGUCGCGCUGCUCCCGAAGCCCCGCGGCUACAAGCGGCCCUCCGCCGCCGAUGGCCCGCGCCUGGCGAAGAGGCCGCGGGCCAGGAGCUCGGCGGGGGUGGCGCCGGCGCCCUCCGCGGCGCCCACUGGGUCGCCGGGGCUCGCCGCGGCGGGCGCAAAGCAGGCGGGCGCCAAGAAGUACCGCAUCGUGGACUUCCCCCACCUCGGGCUCAAGCUGACCAUCCAGAGGGUCUACACGUCGAAGGCGCUGAUGGCCAAGUGCAGGGGAGACAGGGCCAAGCUGGCGGCUCUGCGGAUCAAGCUCAAGGACCCGAGCGUCUUUCAGCUGGUGGAGGAUUGA